CAAUGCAGUUUGGGCGUAAAAAAGUGACGCUUCGGGCCUAGGUCUGCUUGGGGAAAAACAUUGGAGCUCUUUAAACGCUUUCGCUGACCAUCACUUCGUUCAAAACACGUGUAUACCUUAUUAGCUGUUUAACCUAGUUAAUAUAGUCGUUACAUUUUACUCAUAUAGCUAGCUGCUUCAGUUAGCUGUAACGCUUAUGCCAUCUAGCUACAAUUCCCGGCGAUGAGCUCAGUAAACAGCACUGUGACGGAAAAUGAGAUCUGCUGGACGAAUAAAGAGGGCCUGUGGCUGAAUAUUGUCGUGAAAGAGGAGAAUGAAGAGGACAAGGACAGAGUGAAAAGAGAGGAAGGAGAGUUAAGAGAGGAAGAGGAGGUGGAAGCUACUGUGAAAGAAGAGGUGGAAGAUAAAGAGGAAGAUGCGGUUUUUGGAGUGAAGGAGGAGGGGGAGAUUACUGUCACUUUGAAAGAUGAAGAUGAAGAACAGGAGAUCGGAGCUCUGAUUAAUACAAGAGAAACUCCACACUCCCCCUCUGACAGCAGAAAGAGUACAUCAGGGGAACCAGAUAUGUCCAAACCAGCAAGACGGCAUCACUGCUCCCAAUGUGGAAAGAGUUUUAUCUAUUCAUCACAUUUGAAAGAUCAUGAGAAACUACAUACAGGAGAGAAACCUCAUCAAUGUUCUGAAUGUGGAAAGAGUUUUGCACUGUCAUCGCAUUUGAAGAAGCAUGAGAAAACACACACAGGAGAGAAACCCUUUACAUGUUCUGAGUGUGGAAAGAGAUUUACCCAGUCUGUGCACCUGAAAAGGCAUAAGACCACACAUCUGGGAGAGAAGCCCUUUGAAUGUUCCCAGUGUGGAAAGAGAUUCACCCAGUUAGAGCACCUGAAAAGACACAAGACAACACACCUGGGACAGAAGACUUACCAAUGCUCCCAGUGUGGAAAAAGAAUAGAUACAGGAGAGGCGCCUUACCAUUGCACCCACUGCAGGAAUACUUUUGAGUUACGAUACCUGAAAGAGCAAAAGAGAACCGACACAGCAGAGAAGAUUUAUCACUGCUCCCAGUGUGGAAAGAGUUUUUCAGAGUUAGGGUCCCUAAAAAGGCAUGCGAGAAUACAUACAGGAAAUAAACCUUUCCAUUGCUUGCAGUGUGGAAAUUAUUUUACCUGUUCAAGGAACCUGAAAUCACAUGAGAGAAUACACACAGGAGAAAAGCCUUUUCACUGCUCACAGUGUGGAAAAGGAUUUAGCUGUUUACAGACACUGAAAGUUCAUGAGAGACUACACACAGGAGAAAAGCCUUACAACUGCUCUCAAUGUGGAAAGCGAUUCAUCAGUUUAGGGACCCUGAAAAAGCAUGAAAUUAUACACACAGGAGAGAAGCCCUACCAUUGCACCCAGUGCGGAAAGAAUUUUGCCCAGUCUGGACACUUAAAAAGGCAUGAAAGGACACACACAGGAGAGAAGCCUUACAACUGCUCCCACUGUGGAAAGUGUUUUGCGGCACCAGGUUGCCUCAAAAAACAUGAAAGGACACACACAGGAGAAAAGCCUUACAAGUGCUCCAUGUGUGAAAAGACAUUUACCCACUCAGGGAGCCGGAAAAAGCAUGAGAGGCAACACACGGGAGAAAAGCCUUACAAUUGCUCCCACUGUGGAAAGUCUUUUAUCACUUCAGGGUGCCUGAGAAAACAUGAGAGGACACACACUGGAGAAAAGCCUUAUAAAUGCUCCCAGUGUGAAAAGACAUUUCCUAGAUCAGGGAGUUUGAAAAAGCAUGAGCGAACACACACUAAAAAAUUAACCACUGUCCUGACUGUGGGGAGAAAAAGUAGGGGAAAUGUAGGGAACCUGAAAACACAAGUACAGAUGUAAGAGAAGCCUUCCCAGUUUUCACUGUGGUAAUACCUUUACUGUGUUUUAGUUACUGGUAUCAUAUUGUAAAUUACAGUUGAAGUUGGAAGUUGACAUACACCUUAGCCAAAUACAUUUAAACUAAAUUGUUCAAAAUUCCUGACAUUUAAUCCUAGUAAAGAUUCCCUCUUAGGUCAGUAAGGAUCACCACUUUUUUUUAAGUUGUCAAAUGUCAGAAUAAUAGUGGAGAGUGAUUGAUUUUGUUUAUUUCUUGGUUAUGCUUUAAGUACUUUUAUCAAAUUUUCAGUGAGUCAGAAGUUUACAUACACUCAAAAAAAGGUAUUUCUUGGGUCAAACAUUUCGGUAGCCUUCCACAAGCUUCCCACAAUUAUUUGGGUGAAUUUUUGCCCAUUCCUCCUGACAAAACUUGUGUAACUGAGUCAGGUUUUUAGGCCUCCUUGCGCACACACGCCUUUACAGUUCUUUGUGAUGGUCACUUCAAUUACUUGACUUUGUUGUCCUUAACCCAUUUUGCCACAACUUUGAAAGUAUGCUUGGUCAUUGUCCAUUUGGAAAACCCACUUGUGACCAAGAUUGAACUUCCUGACUGGUGUCUUGAUGUUGAUUCAAUUAAUUCGCAAAUUUUCCUUCCUCAUGAUGCCAUCUAUUUUUUGCACCAGUCCCUCCUGCAGCAAAGCACUCCCACAACAUGAUGCUUCACAGUUGGGAUGAUGUUCUUUGGCUUGUUCCCCCUUUUUCCUCCAAAAAUAGCGAUGGUCAUUAUGGCCAAACAGUUACAUUUUGUUCCAUCAUACAAAUGAACAUUUCCCUAAAAAGUACAAUAGGUCCUUUGCUGUUGUUCUGGAAUUGAUUCGUGCUUUUCGCACCAAAGUACGUUAAUCUCCAGGAGACAGAACGCUUCUCCUACCUGAGCAGUAUGACGGCUGCGUGUUCCCAUGGUGUUUAUACUUGCGUACUAUUGUUUGUACAGUUGAACGUGGUACCUUCAGGCAUUUGGAAAUUGCUCCCAAUGAUGAAUCAGACUGGUGGAGGUCUACACACUUUGAAAUACAUCCACAGGUACACCUCCAAUUGACUCAAAUGAAGUCAAUUAGCCAGUCAGAAGCUUCUAAAGCCAUGACCUAAUUUUCUGGAAUUUUUUUAGCUAUUUAAUGGCACAGUCAACUUAUGUAAACUUCUGACCAACUAUAAUUGUGAUAUAGUGUAUUGUAUGUGAAAUAAUCUGUAAACAAUUGUUGGAAAAAUUACCUGUCAUGCACCAAGUUGAUGUCCUAACCCACUUGCCAAAACAAUAUUUUGUUAACAUGAAAUCUGUGGAGUGGUUGAAAAAUAAGUUUUUGACUUCAACCCAAGUGUAUGUAAACUUGCAACUUCAGCUGUAAAUGAAUAAUUUAUAUUAAAUCUAUGUUUUAAAAUCAACACUUCAAAGUAUUAAUUUCUGUUCUGUUAUUUUAGCUAGACAAUAAAAAAUUAGAAAAAAUCUUUCAUAAAUUGUACCUUUGUAAGAAGGGAUUUCAGUUCAUAAUAAUUUUCAACUCUUUUAUUGGGUCCAAAGACGCCGCUCAGACCAUAGCUCCGCUGUACACACCUCUAUGCAGGCAAUCUAUAACACCAGACCAGGUACUUGGUAUUUUGUAUUGCGGAUUGUUGGCUGCAAUUAAAAUUAUGCAUUUGGAAUAUGUUGCUUUUUUGAAAGACGUCCCUGUGCAUGUUCAAAUAUCAAUGGCAUCUGGAGCCUUAUGAACGCCCCCUGCUCAGGUACCAAUA